AUGGAGGACGAGCCCCAAGCACCGCAAACUCUGGGAACUGCUUUACUUUUAGUUGUUUUUCCGGUGAUCGCGCUAUUGUCACUUCAUUUCCUCUCUGCAAAAAACACAAGAUAUCCCCCACUUAUCAAAGGUUGGAUUCCUUGGCUUGGAUGUGCGAUUGACUUUGGAAAAGCUCCUCUCGACUUCAUCAAGAAAUCUUGGCAGAGGCAUGGAGCUGUGUUUACUUUGUAUGCAGCUGGGCAGCGAAUGACCUUUCUAACAGAUGUUGACGAUCUUCCGUUGUUCUUUAACUCGCCACAGGCGGAUUUUCAGUUAGCGGUAGAGGAGGCGGUGAAAAACACAGCUGGAAUCGACAAGGGCGAUUUUUUUGCCAAUCAUCGUAAAAUCCAUGACUUGGUUAAAGGAAGAUUGUCGUCCACGUCCAAUUUGCAGAAAUUAGCCCCAAAGGUUGCACGUCACAUAGACGAGUACCUUAGCAGUGGUAUGUGUGUCCAAGUAUAAAAGAGUUACAGUGGAACUUGUUGAUGAAGGGGUAAACUUCAUUGGCGGAUCCAGGGGAGGGGCCUGGGGGCCUGGUCCCCCCUUAUUUUUUGACCAAAAUGAGGCCCGAAGGGCCGGAAAAAAUUUUUUUGGAGACCGGGUACCCCCUUAUCUCAGGGUCUGGAUGACCCCCCCCCCCUCCCCCUAUCUGAAGGUCUGGAUCUGCCACUGAACUUGUUACAGUGGUUCCAGUUUUAGAUGUGAGGGGGCUCUUGGGCUUUAACAAAACUUUGACCCCCUUCUGACCCUCUGUAAAGUUGACAGGUUUAGUAAAUAUCUAAAUACAACAGAGAAUAUAUUAUUGAGGCCAAUGUAACUUAUGAAUAAUAAUUGUUAUACAGGUUUCUUAUUUUUUUGAGCAAGUGGGCAGUAAAGUUGAUAAUGAUUGUUUCACUACAUCAGGGGCACCCAAUGUCAAUUUUUGGAAAGUAUCUGUUAGGAAGACUAUUUGAGAUCUAGAAUUUUUGGAACAUUUGUUGUAAAAUGUCUUGCUUGCCUGCCUCUCUUAGGAAUGUUGAACAUCUAAAAAAUGGUGUAACUGCCCAUUUUUAACAGAUUUUUACCCUAAAAAAUUCACCUAGAAUUUUUGGGAGCCUUUUUUCUGGAUGAAAUUUUUGAAAAGGUAAGUUUUGAUCCCUAUAAUCUUUGGAUCACUAGACUUUCGGCUAGGAAAUCUGAACACAUGAAAAAUUCUUAGGGGAUAAAAAUAUGCCUAAAUCUACCUGGUACCAAUUAAAUACUUAAAUAUGGUUAACAAUGCUAUGUUUAAGUGGUUUUGAACUAUAUUCUCAUUAGGUGCCCCUGAUACAUUGCCACUCAUUUAUUUGGAAGAAAUAACUAACACUUUUGAUAAAAACAUUUGAAACAAUGGCAUCAGGCAGAUGAAAUGUAACAUGGCUUUUUGUGUCACCCCACCGUAAAAUUUUCAGGAGGAACAAAACUUCUGAAAAAAUAGCUGGCCCAACUGUUGAUACCAGUUUUAGGAUUUUGCGGCCAUUUUUUGGUAAAAGGAACUGAUUGGUGCAAAUGGUGAACAAAAUUCCAGCAUGAAAUUUGUGGGUGCUGAAACUUUCUUACCAUUUGCUCAGACCGUGAACUGACCAGUUUUCCCACGUAAAUAGUAAACAACCAUUAUUUCCAUGGAAUCUUCGAGGGGAUCAGUGCAGGGUGUCACUAGGGGCUCAAGAUCAAAGCAUCGAGGUUUUUCUAAGUUAGAGGUGGCACAGAAGAAUUUUAAGACUAUUAACUCUGCUAAAAAAUUUGCACUCUUGGGAAUAUGUGACUAUCUGUGAGAGAUUUGGGCUUCUGAACAUUUCAAAGAACUUACCACAUGUUAAAUAUUUUAAUACUUACAUUUCAUCUCAGCCCAUUGAGUUUCGUUUCCUAUCAGCUGACUGACCCAUUUUUGUUAAAAAUUAUGAAAACAAAAAGAAUUCCCUUCUAUAGUGAAUAUCUGCUGUUUUUUCUUCUGCAAAAAACAAACAGUUCACUACAAUUUUUUCUUGAACUGAAAAUUAAUAUCACCUUUUACUUUUAUCAUUAACUUGUAUAAAAUAGGUUUGAUGUUUUGCACAGGAAUAGCUUAGUACACACCUUGCCAUCGUUUUUGUUUAGAAUGCUGGUGUUUUGACAUCCACAAGAAUUGCUUGUAGUAAUUUCUUUUUCUUUCCUAUUUUUUGCUUGACCAACCAAUUCUCCCCAUUGAAGAGAAGGCAGUGGGAAACAAAACACUUCGACCCACUUAAAUGUAUCACCUUAGCGGCUUUACAACGUUAUUCUUAUUACCAACAGUGCUUUUUUAAUGCCAGUGCUCACGGGGGCAAGGAUGGUGCAGUGGUGAGAGCACUCAUCUCCCACCAAUGUGGCUGGGGUUCAAUCCUGGCGUUGAUGCCAUAUGUGAGUGUGAAUUUGUUGUUGGUUCUCUCCUUGCUCUGAGAGGUUUUCCUCUGGGACUACAGUUUUCCCCUCUCCUCAAAAACCCUUGCUCUGAGAGGUUUUCCUCCGGGUACUCCAGUUUUCCCCUUUCCUCAAAAACCAACAUUUCCAAAGUCCAAUUCGACUAGGAAUCAGGUAGAUGAAGAACCACUUGGUGGAUGUGCUACGUCUUAAUCGUUAUUUAUUUAUUUGUUUAUUAUUUACCCACCAGCCAAAAUUCCAGGGGCUGAAGUUGACUUGAUGAGUUUGGUUCGCGAUGUUGUCUUCAGUGCUGUUGUUCCCACACUCUUUGGAUCUGGUGUCCUUCCUCAGUCUAUAAAAGAGUUCAAAAAGUUCCAAAAACGGUUUGUUCAAUUUGAUGGCAGCUUUGAACAUGGAGCAAGGCUACCUGAAUUUCUGUUGAAAGACUGGUCCAAGUCAAAACAUUUUUUGUUGGAUAAGUUCUCUGAUGUACUACAAAAGCAAUUGUGCACAGGUGUCAAAGAGGAUUCUUUGCUUCAGUCAAUGGUUGAUUCACUGACUGGAGACUGUGCACCAAAUUACGCUGUUCUCUUGCUCUGGGCAUCACUUGCAAAUGCUGUUCCAAUAACAUUCUGGACUUUGGCAUUAGUGCUGGCUAACCAGGCCAUCAAGAAGGAUGUGCAGAAGGAAAUUGAUGAAGUACUGGGACCAUACAUAAAUAGUGAAGGUAAUAAAGGACCUGUUUGUAUGAGGUGAGCCAGCCUGCUUAGCUGGGUUGGCUAGCAGGUCACAGGUUUUAGUGAUCUGACAGUUAAAUAAUGAAAUCAUUAAGCUAUUUUACAUUUAAUUAUUAUUCUUUGGAUGUUUCUGAUUGUUUAUUCACUCACAUGACAAUCACAUGGCCUGUUAGUGCAAAGUCAACAAAAUGGAUAAACGGAAAUGAAGUGGCAUAUUAAUAAAAUGAUCUGUCUUUGCACAGAAACCGUGAAACCAUGUUGCACAGCUAGCAUAGAGCAUAUCACGUGUUAGAGAGUAUAAAGUAAUGCUCUGGCUCUGGUUGUUUAAACGUUGGAUAACCCAGUCCACCUGAUAAAUCACUAUCCAGCAGAUAAGAAUUAGGAAAACCAAUUAUGCCAUCCAGUUUGUAUAGAUUUAUCCAAUGGAUAGCGUUAAUCCACCCCUCCAACAAGAUCGAACAACUGGUCUCAGGUGUAUUAAUAUUACUAAAAGUAAACUUCCAUAUGCUCAUUUGUAG